AUGGGGUACACGGUUGCAUUCAGAGUUCCCUCGUUGCCAGAGCAGUAUAUGACAAUUAGGGACUUCGCAUUCUUCGACUACCUACUCUGGGAUUCUUCAACAGAGAAGGAAGUGAAUGCAACAAAAUAUGUAUUCUCCCAGCCUGGAGCUCUGACAGGCGUGCUGAACUACUACCGGGCAUUUAAUUUCGACAGUGACCAGUUCACGAAGCUCAACUACCGCAAAAUCAGGGUGCCUACGCUCAUCCUGUGGAGCGAAAAAGACCGAUUUCUUACUACGCCCAUAGCCGAGUUCAACCGAGAGCAUCUGAAGAGAUCCUUCGUUGUUUAUUACCCAGAAGGAGGCCACUGGCUGAUGCGCCAAUGCGCAGACAGCGUGAACAAUCAUAUCAUCGAAUUCGCAUCCACUGGCAGGAUCAUCUAUAACGAAAGCAUGGCGCAAUCACAAAUUCGCUUGGCAGAGUUCAGCUGCGCAGAAUCACCAAAGCUGUCUAAAAAGAGCUGA